AUGUCUGAAACUGUACCACCUGUUUUCUUCAAGGCUGCGAACUUGGCAAUUGGUUCGCUAACUUUAUUGUCAUCAUUAUCACAAUUGAGUUAUUUGAUCUACGAUUUUAAUGCAUUUCUACUUGCACUUUAUGCAAUUCCACUUUCAGUUUUAAUUAUUCUAUUAGAGUUUCAAACCGUGCCAGUUUUGUACAAAUAUUGCUCAUUCUACUUUAGUUUCAUUGGUCGUGGAUUCUUAUACAUUCUAUUAAGCUUGCUAGUCAAUUUCGGCGGUGUCUUUAAGGUUUUGAUAACCGUAUUCACAUUCUUCCUUGGUUUAAUCUAUGUGGCGUUUGAAUUUUUACCACAGAUUGAAGAACCACCAAAUUUUAGAGCUGAGGGCGCUCCACUCUCUGUAAAUGAUGAUGAUGAUGAAAUUAUCUAA